CAUUCAGCUUUCUAAGCAGUGGUUACUUAUUGUAGGUGCAUGCUUUGUGAGGUUGACACUCCAGACUUUCAUCCUUUGGUCUGAGUUUAAAAACCGGUGUCUAAAUUAUUUUUUCUCAAACUGGGUCACGUACUUGAAUGUAAGAAUUCGCGUGUGGGGGACCUGUUCCAAACACAGGCAUGCAUGGAGUGGCUGGCACUAAACCAUUCCCUCUCCCUACGGUGGGAGGGGUUGCACACUCGGAUCACGGCUACCUCUGUCCAGGGUCUUCAGUCAACCUGGUGGAUGGCAUGGACAAGUUUGAGAUUGACUCACAUUCAGCUAAACCCUGGGCAUUCUCCAAGCUAGACAACUCUAAUGUGCUCCAAUGGAGGGAGCUUGAUGCAAAAGGGAAAGUGAGAUUUAUCUUGAACUCAAUGAUGAAGAUGCUGCUCCUCUUUAGCUUUCUCUACAUGUUUGUGUGCUCCCUCGAUGUUCUCAGUGCAGCUUUUCAACUUGCUGGAGGCAAGGUGGCAGGUGAUAUUUUUAAGGACAAUGCUAUCCUGUCUAAUCCCGUGGCUGGACUUGUGGUGGGAAUCUUAGUCACCGUCUUGGUCCAAAGCUCAAGUACUUCAACGUCCAUCAUUGUCAGCAUGGUGUCAUCAGGAUUGCUGGGAGUGCAGUCUGCCAUUCCAAUUAUUAUGGGAUCUAAUAUUGGAACCUCUGUAACAAAUACCAUUGUAGCUCUAAUGCAAGCUGGGGACAGAAAUGAAUUCAAACGGGCAUUUGCAGGGGCCACUGUCCACGAUUGCUUCAAUUGGCUCUCUGUGCUGGUACUGCUGCCGAUCGAGGUUGCUAGCGGCUUCCUGUACCGGCUCACCAAGGUGGUGGUGGGGAGCUUCAAAAUCCAGACAGGGAAGGAUGCACCCAACCUUCUCGGUAUCAUUACCGAUCCAUUCACCGACCACAUUAUAAAGCUGGAUAAAUCUGUAAUCACUGCCAUAGCAAUUGGAGAUGAAAGUUUUCGGAAUAAGAGUCUUGUGAAGAUAUGGUGCAUAACAAGAACUGUACAGGUGCAGGACAACAUCACAGUAGACGGUCUGGAUAAAUGUACAACACCAGAAAUGUGCUGGCAGGAUAGGAACUACACGUGGACCCUGGUCAACAGAACAUACAAAGAAAACAUCGAGAAAUGUAACCAUUUGUUUGUGAAUUCCACCAUGCCUGAUCUUGUAGUGGGGCUGAUCCUGCUGGCUGGCUCGCUGGUUGUCCUGUGCACUUGCCUGGUUCUAAUAGUCAAGCUACUGAAUUCCAUGCUGAGGGGGCAGGUCGCCAAUGCCAUCAAAAACGUCAUUAACACUGAUUUCCCAUACCCAUUUGGCUGGCUGGCAGGCUACCUUGCCAUGGUGGUGGGAGCUGGCAUUACCUUUGUUGUACAAAGCAGCUCCGUGUUUACUUCAGCCAUCACUCCGCUUAUUGGUAUUGGGGUGAUCAAUAUUGAACGUGCCUACCCAUUAACCUUGGGAUCCAAUAUUGGCACCACCACCACGGCAGUUUUGGCAGCUCUGGCCAGUCCAGGUGACAUGUUACCAAGUGCUUUCCAGAUUGCGCUGUCCCAUUUCUUUUUCAAUAUCGCUGGGAUAAUACUUUGGUACCCCAUUCCGAUCACCCGCUUCCCUAUCCGCAUGGCAAAAACUUUGGGUGAACGGACUGCCAAGUACCGCUGGUUUGCUGUUUUAUAUCUGAUCAUCUGCUUCCUUCUCCUCCCCUCGCUCAUCUUCGGCCUUUCCAUGGCAGGUUGGCAGGUUCUGAUUGGAGUGGGUGCCCCGUUUGUUGGCAUACUCAUCUUCAUUGGCAUCACCAAUGUCUUGCAGACACGUAGUCCCAAAUACCUGCCAAAGAAACUCCACUCGUGGGAUUUCCUCCCCAUCUGGAUGCACUCCUUGAAGCCUAUGGACCGCAUCAUCACUAAUGCAGCCGUCUGCUGUACGGACCACUGCAUUUGUGCCGACAAGAGUGAUACGCGAGAGGGCACCAGCCAAACUGAGUUAUCUUCACAGAUGAAGGUGAAGGCAGUUUGUGACAACCCAGCCAUCGCCUACCUGGAGGAAAUUUCAGUUGCCCAACCCUCAUCGCCCAAACUAAAUAGAUUGCCUUUGCAAGAUAUCACACAGCUGUAACACUGCACUGAAUUUCCCGUGUUCCUUUGACAUUCCCAUGCCUUGCAGAGCCCUUCCUUCCUUCUUGCCUUGUUUUCUUCUUUCCUUCCUUCUUGAAGAUUGACACAAAAUGCCAGAGUAACUCAGUGGGACAGGCAGCAUCUCUGGAUAGAAGGCAUGGGUGACAUUUAGGGUCAAGAUCCUUCUUCAGACUGAGAAUCGGGGGAAAUGGAGACACGGAGAAAAGGAAGGGUAAUGUGUGAAAACGAGACAUCCUUGACCUUCUGUGAUCAACGUCUCUUUUGAUGUCUCCAUUUUGCACAUUACCCUUCCUAAUCUUGUGUCUCCCCCACCCUCGGCUCACAGUCUGAAGAAGGGUCUCGACCCAAAUAGUCACCCAUUCCUUCUUUCCAGAGAUGCUGCAUGUCCCGCUGAGUUCCUCCAGCAAUUUAUUUCUAUCUUCAGGUUAAACUAGCAUCUGCAGUUGGUUCCUGCACCUUAUUUCCUUCCACCCUUCCACCCUUUGCUCCUCAUUCUCCCUUUCAAUUUCCAUCCUCCCUUUCUCCACCCCUUUGCUUACCAUGUCCUGCUCUGGACAAUGCUACUAUGACCAUAAUCCUGAGAUUCUAUUUGCUCUUGAUAUGCACGGAUGAAUGUACCUGGAAAAGAUCUACUAUCCAUCUACUGUUCUAGAUCUGCAAUCCAUCUACUAUUUAUCACACUCAAUGUGAAUAGCUUUCUCCUGAAAUAAGAGAUAGUGAUCCAUUGUAAGAUCCAAUGAAAUUGCCAGCUCGCUCAUGAGUUAAUGUUUCCUCCCAGUCUAAAAGACUUUCCCUAUUGCCAAUAUUUUGUUUCAAUUAAUGAACUCAAAGUAAUGAAUAAAACAAUAUAAUAUAUUUAAAUUCCCCAAUGGCUUUUGGGUGGGCUAGCAUCAAUAGUUCCUAAGAGAUUCCUGAAUGAUCCUAGUAACCAACUAAUAUAAGCAGCUGUAAUUAGUUUGUAAGUGCACCAAAAAGACCCCAGCAACCCUCCACGAUGAGACAGACGUUCAUGUGCAUCUGUACAUUGUUGCAUCUACUGCAUCUGUACAUUGUUUUGUCUUACACUUGUGCUUGGUCCGCUGGAACUUUUGGUUCCUAACCAUUAUAAGUCCUCUUCCCAAUCCCUUACUGACUUUUCUGUCCUGGGCCUCUUCCAUUGCCAGAGUGAGGCCAAGUGAAAACUGGAGGAACAGCUCCUCAUAUUUUGCUUGAGUAGCUUACAACCCAACCCAAUGAAUUCUCCAAUUGUAGACAAAUACAUAACCCUCUCCCUCUCCCUUCUUCUUCCUCCCUACCUUUCUUUGGCCCCACUCUUUCCCCUGUGCCCCACCUAAACUCGCAUUUGUUUCCAUCCCCCACCCUUCCAGCUUCAAAAUCCGCAACUCUUGAAUCCUUUUUUUUUAUCAUACCUUCUGUCUUUUCAUCUCUGACGAUUGCUCAACCAUCUGCCUAUCAAAAUGCUACUCACCUGUAUCUCCCGAUUAUUUGCCAGGCUGUCUCUUGCCCCUCCUCUCAUCCAGCUUUCUUCUUUCCCUCCACAAUCAGUCUAAAGAAGGGUCCCAACCCAAAACCUGUCCAUAUUCUCCGGAUAUGCUGCCUGACCUGUUUAGUUCCUCCAACACUUUGUGUCACACUUGGAUAAUCUUCUUUCCAGUGCUUCAAUUCCAGUGCCAUGUCGUGUCCAUCAGAAAUCAUUCAGUUUGUAUCAAGUUGUCCACUUUGUGAUGUUUCCACUGUUUCCGUUCAUGACAAUAUACAGAUGGUAGACUGGUGACACAAGGAUCAGAAAUGCCAAACCAUUCAACCGAGUGUGUCUAAUCCCUUCGAACAAGAAUCCGUUUCAAGGACUCGGAAUCAUUCCAAUUUUAACAUACACUGCAUCCAGUGUUUCUUUUUUUCCUUUUUCUUCAAGUACUCUGCAUAAUACUGAAAAUGUUGAGAGCAGUAUGUGUUUCCUGAAUAUUCGCCUUGCCUGAGCAACUUUGUAUUAAUCUGUCCGAAUCUAUUUUUCUGCUUGAAUAUUGUUUUGUAGUCAACAUGUUUUGUACUUUAAACAGAUUUAAGGUCUUUGGUCUUUUUCUCUCCUUCAUGGUGCAACUAUGGUAUAUGGAAUGGUUUACAAGAAUGAUUCUGGGAAUGAGGGGGUUAGCAUAUGAUGAGCGCUAGACAGCACUGGGCCCCUACUCGCUGGAGUUUAGAAAGUUAAGGGAGGACCUCAUUGAAACAUGCAGAAUAAUGAAAGGCAUAAUAGAGUGGAUGUGGAAAAGAUGUUUCCACUGGUGGGAGAGUUUAGGACCAGAGGUCACAGCCUCAGAAUUAAAGGGAGCUCUUUUAAAAAAAGAGAUGAGGAAGAACUUCUUUAGUCAGACGUUAGUUAAUCUGUGGAACUCAUUGCCAUAGAGGCAAAGUCAGUGGAUAUUUUUAAGGCAGAGAGAACAAUUCUUGAUUAGAACGGGUGUCAGGGGUUAUGAGGAGAAGGCAGGAAAAUUGGAUUGGGAGGCAGAGAUCAGCCAUGAUUGUAUGGUGGAGUAGACUUGAUGGGUCGAAUGGCCUAAUUCUACUCCUAUAACUUGUAAACUUGUGAACUUGGUUCAUUGUUCAUGAGGAUGGAGAUUCUGCUAACUUCCACAAACGUAAUGCAAACAUCCGUGGUCUGUUGAUCCAAAUACCUUCCCAUUGAAGUGAUGUUGGUUUAAUUUGUCAUAGGCAAACACUUUCUGUACAAACCAACCCUCUAACAAGCUACAGGCAGCUAGUGAAUGUAAACAUGGUCUCAGCAUAUCCAAACUCAACUCUUGAUUAGCUUCUUUCUGGGUAAUCUAACUUUUUGAGGUAAUCUUUAAUUAUCAUAAUAAAGAAAGCUAACAUCUAAAUUAUUUCCUUAUAGCUUUCAGGUCGAUGCUCAAUUAUAUAUUUCAUAUCAAAAUUUAUA